CGACAGGCCCCUCCGGCGCCCACAUGGACCCAGAUCCGCCAUUACCCCGCCUAUCACUCCCGCGCGCGGGGAGAAUCGCACUCCCAUCGUCGACGCGUGGAAGUCUAAGGCCGGACCUAGCACGUUGCGGACAUCGCCACCCAAAACCUCCCUGCCCUAGUAUGUCGUCGUCCGUAUCUCAGAUCCUCGGGGCCUUUUCACUGACCAUCUCGACUACCUCCAGCGAUGCCGAUCUCGAGCAGGACCCAUUAUUCAACAUCCUGUGCGAUCAGGGGAUAUCGCAUGCACCGCAGUGCUACCGGCUGAAGCUCAUCGACAUGGACCCGUCGUCGGACGACGACACCGCGCUCGAGUCUUUCUUCUCCUUCACCGCAUCCCCUGUGCAAAGCCCGUCCUUCGCUGCGACCUCCUUCCCCACUGUGCGUCAGCCACACCGGCCCGCUCCGCUCUCCCUCCCGCUCCCGAGCCCGUCGUACCUCAGCCCCGUCAGCCCGAACGUCGUCAUCCGCGGCGGUGGGGACAAGGUCGAUCGGUGGAUACACAGCGGCGGGCUGGAUCAACCCAUGAUGACGCCGAUGCUCGUCGAGGACUCGCCACACGAGGAAUGGGAUGACGGCGGGCAGUCGGACUGGCGCGAGAUCAUCGACCACUUCCUCCAGCAUGAGCAGGAGCACGAUCAUGAGCAUGAGUAUGAUCAUGAGGAGAGGGAGGUGGGCGAGUCGUGGCACCCGCUGACUCCCGUGGGCCGGGCAGGUCAUGUCCAUAGUGGGCGAGCGAACUUCUUGAUUUGCUGA